GAGGAAGGCCAGAGGAAGUCAGCCAAGCAGAGGCUGGGGCAGAGUGUUGCCCAUGUCAGCGCAUUCGCCCGGCUAGGCGAGGUGCGGGAGGCCGAGCCUGCCCGCACCCGGCGCUCCCGGUCUAACCGGCAGGAGCCAGCGAGGACGAGGGCCUCCCACCAGGAAGGGGAGGCAGAAAGCCAGCCCAGAUUACCGGUGGUGAACCGGUUAACCAUCCCAAACGACCGCGUCCAGCAGAUGGAGGCGAAGCUAGAAAGGCUGGAAAAGAAGGUCGGAGAGAAGAAUGACCGGGACAAACCCCUGGCAGGGUCCCCGUUCACCACAAGGGUCCAUCUGACACCUUUCCCGCGAAAGGUCAAGAUCGACGCCCCCAGAUUCACCGGGAAAGAAGAUCCGGAAAUCCACCUGGACUCCUUCAACCAGAGUGCGACCAUGAACGGUUGCACCGAUGAAGAAAAGUGCCUACUUUUCUUCCAGACCUUGCGGAACCGAGCCACUGAAUGGUUCAAUAAGCUUCGCCUGGGAAGCAUUGACUCGUUUAGUGAUUUGGCCUCAAAGUUCAAGGCCAAGUUCCAGGAGAAUUGUACUAAGAGGAAGAAGUUCACGUAUCUUAGUACAGCCGGGCAGAGGGAGUCUGAGAACCUCACUCAGUUCCUUACCCGGUGGAAGGAAGAGGUAGACAAGGUGGAAGAGAUGGAUGACAAGACCGUCCUCUCCCUCCUCUUGAAUGGCUUGCGUGCUGGGGAACUAUACAAGGAGUUCUGCCGGAAACCCCCAGCCACGUACCAAGAGUCCUACCAUACUGCAUGGGAGUUUUCUGAAGCUGAAACCCAGCUCCGGGCAAAGAGAGAAGCUGAGCAUGGUCACAAGCCCAAGCCGGUGCAAGUCAAGAAGGAAGAAGCACCGGGACCUAGCCGGCCGAGGCACCACUAUGACCCGGUCAUCCGAGUGGUCAAUACAGAAGAAUGCCAAGAAGUCCGGAAAGCACCGGUCAUUCCUCCAGAAAACCCUACCGG